GAACUCUCUAGUACAGAUUGCUGCAUGAUGUCGGGCAUGAGACGGGCAACUCACGCAAACUCGUGGUAUUCUGGGGCUCGGUCAAGACUAGACCACCAGCUCAAGGGAUGGCUGUCCGCCGUGGAGCCAUCAUCUGACUACUCACCUCCGAUCAAAGGAUGUAAAGCAAUUAUCGGACCGCACGCAGGCUACGAUUACUCAGGACCGACAGCUGCAUGGGCAUACAAGGCAAUCGAUGUUACCGGAAUCAAGAGGGUCUUCCUCCUUGGCCCAUCGCACCACGUCUAUCUCGAUGGGUGCGCCCUCACCCCUUUCGCAACCUAUGACACCCCACUUGGAGAACUACCAGUGGAUCUCGCAACCACAGCAGAGCUAAAGGCCACGGGUAAGUUCAGCAUGAUGUCCAACAAGACGGACGAGAACGAGCACAGCAUCGAGCUUCACCUGCCCUAUGUUCGCAAGACCUUCGAAGGAUGUGACAUCAAAGUUGUCCCCAUUUUGGUCGGAGCAAUCAAUGACAAGAAAGAGGCCGAUUUCGGGGGCAUCCUUGCGCAGUACCUGGAGCAAGAGGAUACGAUGUUCGUUGUUUCGAGCGAUUUCUGUCACUGGGGAGAGCGAUUCGACUUCACCUUCUACUACCCGGGAGCACCAUCCCCUACAUCCUCUAUUCGCUUGGAAGAUGACAGCGAUAUACCUCGUGGCGGCCAACCUAUCCACGAAUCCAUAUCUCGGCUCGAUCACGAAGCAAUUAACAUGCUCACUCUUCCCACGUCCACUUCUUCAGCAAAGCAGGCUCAUGCAUCAUUAUCUUCCUACCUCCGCAGGACAGGCAACACGAUCUGUGGGCGACACCCCAUCGGUGUGUUAUUAGGUGCGCUGGCGACCCUGGAGGAGGAUAACAAGCACAAGGCAAGCCUCAAAUUUGUUAAGUAUGCUCAGAGCAGCCCUUGCAAGCAUAUCGAAGAUUCGAGCGUGAGCUAUGCAAGCGCUUACGUGACUCUCGAGUAGAAUGUGCAAGGGUUGACCGGUAUCGAUGUAUCAGUAUCCUGUAACGCAUAUAAUCAAAUGAAGAAUCAAACUCAG